AUGGGACUUGAAGAAGUGGAAAUCAGUUGUUUACCAGGCAAUGCUGGCCUAUUUUGUUGGAUGGAUUUGCGUUCUCUGAUCAAAGAACCGACAUUUGAAGAUGAAAUGGCACUAUGGCAUGUGAUAAUCAAAGAAGUGAAGCUCAAUGUCUCUCUGCGGAGUUCUUUUCAUUGUGUGGAGCCUGGUUGGUUUAGGGUAUGCUUCACAAACAUGGAUGAUGCAACGGUUGAAGUUGCACUUCGAAAAAUUCAAACAUUUGUGGCUCGGACCAAGAAAGGAGAGGCGCCAUUGAAGAAUAAGCCAUGGCAGAGGAAGCUUCAACUAAGCUUCUGGUCGCAAACAUAUAAUGAUGGUCUCAUAUCUUGA